CCAGAGAGACAGAGAGAGGGAGAGAGAGAGAAGAGAGGAAAGAGAGAAGAGAGAGAGACAGCCAACAGGACUGAAGGAGCUUUACCUGCCGGGACUGGACCAGGAGGAUAACAGAGACAGCGGCCACCUUUGUGUUUCGACCGGGACCUGCACGUCCGUCUCAGUGACCUUCACAUCCGUCUCAGCCCGUCACCGCAACCUUCUCACCCGCAGGAGAGAUGAGCCUUGGGGCCGCGUGCAUUUUUAUCCGAGGAGGAAAGAUAGACAGAGAACUGGCAGAUGAUGAGAUUGAAGAGCUGCGUGAGGCGUUUGAUGAGUUUGAUAAGGACAAGGAUGGCCUGAUCAGCUGUAAGGACCUGGGGAACCUCAUGAGGACCAUGGGCUACAUGCCCACUGAGAUGGAGCUCAUCGAGCUCAGCCAGAACAUCAACAUGAACCUGGGAGGCAGGGUGGACUUUGAGGACUUUGUGGAGCUGAUGGCACCAAAGCUCCUGGCAGAGACUGCAGGCAUGAUCGGAGUGAAGGAGCUCAAAGACGCUUUCAAAGAGUUCGACAUGGACGGUGAUGGGGAGAUCACGACGGAGGAGUUGAGGGCGGCCAUGACCAAGCUGAUGGGCGAGCACAUGAGUCGCCGCGAGAUCGACGCCGUGGUCAAGGAGGCUGACGACAACGGAGAUGGCACCGUCGACUUCGAGGAGUUUGUCCAGAUGAUGUCUCGCCAGUGAGAGAGGAGGGAGCAGCGAUACACACACACACACACACACACACAAACAUACAAUUACAUGCUACGUUUCUGAUCACCUGCGCACAAACAACACAUAUCAAAAAGCAACAAUUCUGAUUUUAUACACAAAAAUGACCGUUUUUUAAAAACCUAGCCUGAAUAUAAUUAUUAUUUUUAUAGCUGUCCUUCUCUCUUGGUCCCUUUGUGAUGACGUAAGUGUGGAUAAACCUGUAUAUAGAGUCUUUGGAUUAUGUUUGUUGUGAUGAACACUUUUCCAAAUCUUUUUGGAAUCAUAUUUGUGUACCA